UAAAAACCUUGUAGAUACACGGCCGUCACCCCUUUGAAGUAACGCGAAGGAGCUGAAUGGGAAGAUAUUCGUUGCAUUCGUAGUCAAACAUAGGAAGACUAAAGCCGAGUGAGGUUUUAUUUUUGACGAAAAGGAGAUUUAUGAGAACAGAAUGGAGCCCGAGACAAUGGCAGAGAGCGCACGUUCGACAUCGAGUCGACACGAGAAAAGUUUGGGUCUCCUCACCAUGAAGUUUGUCAGUCUGAUUCAGGAGGCAAAGGACGGCGUGCUUGAUCUGAAAGUGGCUGCAGACAGCUUGGCAGUGCGGCAGAAGAGGAGGAUAUAUGACAUCACCAAUGUGCUGGAAGGUGUAGGAUUGAUUGAGAAGAAAAACAAGAACAUAAUUCAGUGGAGGGGGGAAAACGCAUGCAGCCAGACACAGGAGGUAUUGGAGCAAGUGGAAAGGCUAAAGGCCCAGAUCUCUGAGCUGGAUGCUCAAGAGAGGGAGCUGGACAACCAGAAGGCUUUGCUAGAGGAUAGCAUCAAACACCUUAGCCACGAUCCCAUCGCAGACACUUAUAAGUUUGUGACACAUGAAGACAUCUGCAGUGCCUUCUGUGGAGACACUCUUCUGGCUGUUGUGGCUCCUGCAGGGACACAACUGGAGGUGCCCCUACCUGAAAUGGGCCCAAAUGGUAAGAAGAAGUACAAAGUGAACCUUCGUAGCCAGUCAGCUCCCAUCCAGGUUAUGCUCAUCAACAAGGACUCAGCUGCUUCAAAGCCUGUGGUCUUCUGUGUGCCUCCCACCGACGACAUCUGUGCCAUGCCAACUCCACCCAGCACCCCUGCUGACGUGCAGAGGUUCCCUCACUCGUGCUCCUCCUACUCAACCUCAAACACCUCCUCCUUCUCCUCCUGCAGCCAGGACUCUCUGUGCUCAGACCACCAGAUGGCGCUGCCAGAACACGAUGAAGUGCUGACACCCUCAUCCACCCCACCUGAUGUACAAAUGGAGUGUCCCUCUCAGCCAGCACAAGUACUAAUGCAGGAGACCUUGGCUGGCCAGGAACUCCAGUCUGGAUUGGAUAUGAGCAGUCUGCUGAAGCUACACUCUACUGGAGAUCACAUGAAGGAGGAGAGAGAGGGAGUUGUGGACCUAAUUGAUGAGUUCAUGACUGCUGAUGUGUUCCCAUUGGUGCGCCUCUCUCCAAAUGCAGCCGUAGACUACAACUUCAACCUGGAUGACAACGAAGGAGUCUGCGACCUGUUUGAUGUACAGAUACUCAAUUAUUGACAGCUGAAAACAGUACUGCUCUAGACUUGUUCAGUCUCCAGAAACUCUUCUUUCUCUUUCUGAAGAAGCUUUCAUGACGUUUUCCCUCUUUGUUAUUAUUCCACUGCCAAUGUUUAAACUUAUGGUUGCCAUCCUGAAAGCUUUUUUUCAACACACAUGAAAUUUUGCCUCUGUGCUGCAGAGAAGUCCAAUUUAAUAUAUUGGUCUUUUGUCUACUGACAACAGUUUGUCCAAGUUAUAUAUAUGAUAACAAGCGAAUUUGCCAUAGGAUAUUUAUUUUUGUGGUCAGGAGUAAUGACGUUUCCACAGAGUUUAGUUUAGGGCUAGAUGGUAAUGGAGUCGUGUUUUUAAUGGUUUACAUGGGGCAAAUCUGUAACAUUCCAGAGAAGUAAGGGAAGUGGAUCCAGACAAAUUCUUAAGCAUCCUAAGUGCACUUUUGUGUGUAUUUGUGUAUUCCUCCAAAGCCCUAGUUUCAGUGGACUGUAGACUGUAGCUGCUGAAGUACUUUCUAUAGUUCAGCCAACAUCCAGGCCCAUGUCAGUGUUCUGCUUUUUUUGAUACUUUACAGAUUCAAAGUGACUCAAAUGGAAACUUGUGACUAUUCAGUAUUGAUAUGAAUGCUUUAUUUUUUACAAUACAUUUGAUACAGGGUUGUUGUGUCUAGUACAGGGUAUGUCAGCACACUGGUAACACUGUUUGCAUGUAGGUCAUAUUGUGUCAAACCCACUUGAAUCCUCCACUUAUUUCAUAAGAUGUAAUUAUAUUGUAUGUUCAGUGUUUGGAUUACAUUUGUACCAACCUUGAUGUGAAAAUCAAGGUUACACCAUGAAAUUAUAUAUUAUUUCUGUGACACUGCCAUUUUAGGCAUCAGAGUUUUUCUGUCUAAUAAGAAUUUAGUUAUAUAUUUGAACAGCUAAUCUGUUUAUAUUAUUUAAGACAAAACAAAUCUUGGUUGUAAUUUGUAGAAAUUAAAGCUGUUUAACUGCCUGAAUUGUAAUUUAAUAAUUUAAUUUGCCAUAUGUCUGGUCUGAAUUUUCAGAGGCCUUAUGUAAGUGCCUUGGUACUUUUGUAUAUUUAUGGAGUUGUUUAUUUUGUUUUUUGUUUUUUUUUUUCAAUAAAAAAGAAAUGGGAGGUU